GUUAGUGAACUGAGGAGAUCGAUCGAACAGGCCUUUCAAAUUCAAAUAGAGAUCAUAGUAUUUGGAUGGCUUCGAUGUCGAUGAACUCGUCGAGGCCGCAGUGGACGGCGAAGCAGAACAAGCAGUUCGAGCAGGCACUGGCAGUGUACGACAAGGAGACGCCGGACCGGUGGCACAACAUUGCGCGCGCCGUGGGUGGCAAAUCUGCCGACGAGGCCAGGCGCUACUACGAGCUGCUCGUCGAGGACGUCAAACGCAUCGAGGCCGGCAGGGUGCCCUUCCCGGCAUACAGGUGCCCCGAUGGCGCCAUGGGCGGGUUCGAGGCCGAUAGGCUAAAGCACCUGAAGAUAUAGGCGGCAUACAUGAAUGACCAUGAAGCAA